GGCAGUAUGCAUUUCUCGCAGCCUGUCAUGUGGAGUUCUGCUUCAAACUGAUGAUGUGUCGAGGAGUAAAAUUUACUUCCGUGUUGCUUUUGUGUACAGCUCUGAUUGGAAGUGGAGCUUGAAAGCGUUAUGGGCUCAUAGAGAUUCAGUGUUUAUAUUUCAUAUAUUUUCGUUUACACCUUUGUUAUAAGUUAGAGGGUUGGGAUACGGAACGGGACAAAGAAGAAAAGCUAGCUACAGCCAGCCAGGUGUAGGUGUUAGUUAGGAGCUGUAGGGCGACUUAUGGAAACAUGAUGGACUUUAUCUGUGAAAUUAUUCAAGUUCUCGUCGCAUUAGCGGCUCUUGGUUUCAUUGUGGUGCUUGUAGUCGCACAUUUAACUGCGGGGAUGGCGAACGUGUCACGCCAUGAAAAGGAGAAGUCCUUCCUCACAGCCACAGGAGAAAAGCGUCCCUUCCCCAGUCUGCAUGAUCCUCACUCCAGGGAACUCUCUGUGGUGAUCCCUGCUUACAACGAGGAGCUCCGAAUGCCUGUCAUGCUUGAUGAGGCUAUGGAAUACCUGGAAACCAGACAGAAGAAAACCCCUUCCUUCACCUAUGAAGUGAUAGUGGUCGAUGAUGGCAGCAGAGACAGAACCACAGAGAUUGCUUUGGAGUACACCAAGAAGUACAGUGCAGAUAAAGUGCGGGUGCUGACCCUGGUGAAGAACAGAGGAAAGGGGGGAGCUGUGCUCAUGGGCACUUUGAGCUCCAGAGGGAAGCUGAUUCUAAUGGCUGACGCAGACGGAGCCACCAAGUUCUCCGACAUCGAGAAGGUGGAGGCGGGACUUAAAGACGUCAAUUCUGGACCGGAGAACAUGGCUAUAGCGUGUGGCUCCAGAGCUCAUCUAGAAAAAGAGUCGGUUGCUCAGCGAUCUGUUUUACGAACAUUCCUGAUGUAUGGUUUUCACUUCCUGGUGUGGUUCUUCUGCGUGAGAGGAAUCCGGGACACGCAGUGUGGCUUCAAGCUUUUCACACGUGAAGCAGCUCUCAAGACCUUCUCCUCCCUCCACAUAGAGCGCUGGGCUUUUGAUGUGGAACUGCUUUACAUCGCUCAGUGUUUUAAAAUCCCCAUAGCAGAGGUAGCUGUCACCUGGAAUGAAAUAGAAGGGUCCAAACUGGUCCCAUUCUGGAGCUGGCUACAGAUGGGUCGAGACCUUAUUUUCAUUUGCCUGCGCUACUUCACUGGAGCCUGGAAACUGCAGUCCCCACAGAAGACUGACUAGACAACCCGACGAGUGCUCGAGUCCCAGAGAUGAGCAGCGAUGGACCCGUGGAGGAAGGAGGGAUUACAGUCAUCCUCUGAGUUCAUCAUCAGACAGAAAUAUUUUCCCCGACUGAGAGUAAAAUGUUGACCGAUGGUCCUGCCUUUUUAUGUGAAUAUUGGCUUGUAAUGGCCGCUGUUACACAUAUUUUUGUUGCCUCAAUUUGCAGAUUCUCAUUCAGAGAUCCAUGUGCAAACAGACUUGAUCACCCUCUGUUGGAAAUGGAGGGUGUGUGUAAGAAAUGUGGAGAAUCCCCUUAUUUGUCUUGUUUCCUUAAAGAGUGGUGGCUAAUGUGUUGUUUGUUUUGGGAGGGGGUUUUGCAAGAAAGCAAAAAUAAAGAUCUAAUGACGUAUUUGA